AUGAGUUGUUGCUGUUGUGCUUCUACCUUCUUAAUUUUAAGCGCUUUCUUCCUCAUCACCAGUGAUGCUAAACGAGCGGUUAAUGCGCGAGGUUAUUCGCAAAUCGAUAAGGAUGGGUACAUGAAAAUUACGGUGGAAGAUACUAUUCAUGUAGGUGAACAGAUUCGAUUUCUUGGACGUCAUUUUAAAAAGCCUAAACUCAAGUCCUUUGAUAUAAUACAAAUCGGUUACUUGAAAAAAGAUGAAAGACUUGAACUAUCACAUGGUGGUGGCAAAUUUCUACCGAAACAUCCUUUUUGGUUUGAUCGUAAGAACUAUCUCAUGUCUUUAAGGAUUCUUCACUGGAUUUUCGAGAAAAAAGUCGUUGUAACUGCUGUAAAUUAUAAUCAAAGCAAUUACAAAGCCAUAGGAUUAUUCACAGAACCCAUAGAAUAUUGGUAUACUGAUGAAAAUUAUUAUAUUGAGAUUAUCUAUUUGAUUGGACAUAUGAAAGAUGCAAACAGCAAGUCUGAACAUCGCUUUUACAUUCAAGGAAAACUUCAGACGAAGUAUAAUCGUUUAGUAAAUCCUACUGACAUGUUCAACUACAAACCGCAUAUCAGCGACAUUCCAGUUUUGCAAAAUACUAUUGAAGCAUAUCGAAACUAUAUAUCAACAAUUGAUGACGAACCUAUGCAUGGAGAAUUGGACGAAUUAUCGCUGGAAACAAUGGGUAUACCAAUUCCGUAUCAUGCUACGUUUGGACCAGGAGGUUUUGGACUCGGUCAACAAGCAAUUUUUUCUGGAUUUUUUGACUCAGCCAAUCCAACAAUCGAAGUUAAGACUACUAACAGCUCAUACACUAUUCUGUUCGAUGAUAAAGGAGUAUACUUCCUUGAUCGUAUGAUAUUAUUCAACCGAUCAAGACAUGAAGAUAACCUUCAAAUUAUCCACACCAUAUCAGUAACCAAUACUGGAGAAUCAUUGAUGAUUGCCUACAACGUACCACACCGAUUCAACUAUAAAUUUGUGUAUAGGUCAACUUUGAAAACGAAAACGAUUACUAUUGGCAUCACUUGGGAUGGACCAAUAACAAAAAUGAUUUUUGCACCGAUGAUCAAUACAGGAUCGCCGAAAGGAUUAGUUCGUCAUGAAAAGGAUUAUGGGAAAUCUCCUUUUUUCCAACGCGUUGAUAUUGAUAAUGAAUGGAGCCAAGCCGAAAAUUCCAUCGCUUAA